UCUCAAUACAAUUUUGGGCGAUUAUUAUUGUGCGAUGGCUGUACCGGUGCUUUAUUGGAAAACUGUUAAAACUUUUGGUUUUCAUUCUAAAAUGUACAUACACCAUGUCUGAUGAAAUUACAUGAAAAGAAAAGCAGCCAUUUUGAUUACGCUUGCUGUGUUGGCCUCGUACUUGUGACGUAUCGCAUAUUUCCGCGAGGUACAGUAGUUUUCCACUUGUUUCUUUCGUUUCUCAUCAAAGAAUCAUUGAAAGUAGUAAACUCCGUGAGGUGACAAUGGAGCAUGCUCAGAUACAGAGCUCGGACGGGACGCAGGUGAUGACCAUCAACGGGCAACAACUGCAGGUGUUGCAGAUGAACAACCCGUCACACAUGAUACAGGGACCUAAUGGCCAACAGAUUGUUGUCCAUGCUAUACCUAGCACAGCACCCACUGCUAUACAGGUGGCAAAUGGACAGCAGUUGCAGCAGUUACAAGUUCUACCACUGUCUAGCCUGCAAGGAGCAAGCAACAACAUCCAGCCCAUGCAGCUAGUGCAGACACCGGAUGGCCAGACCUUCAUCUACCAGCCCACAGCCAGUGCCCCACAAGCCACUAUCGACCAGCACCAGAUAUUACACCAACCAACUGUAAUCAAUCUUAAUGGGAAUCUGGUGCAAGUGGCAGGAGUCAGUAAUGCUGUGCAGCAACAACAGAUUGUAAAUCAGCCUAAUAUCGUAAUGAUGGUGAACGGCAGCAACAGCGGCGCGGGCGCAAGCGCCUCGUCGUCGGAGGGCGCGGGGUCGGCGGCGGCGGGCUCGGACGAGGAGCCGCUGCUGUACGUGAACGCGCGUCAGUACAAACGCAUCCUGAAGCGCCGCGCUGCGAGGGCCAAGCUGCACGAGAUGGGCAAGAUACCUAAGGAGAGACCCAAAUACCUGCACGAGUCCAGACACAGACACGCUAUGAACAGAAUACGAGGGGAAGGUGGCAGAUUUCACUCUGGAAGCAGAAAGAAUAUGGAGGCGCAUGAAGUUCUGGAGCAACAAUCAGAGGACCACAAGAACUUGGAGGAAAUUACUGACAUAAAACCCGACACUGUCUCCAUCACAAUCAUACAGGAUGAAGAAACACAAGAAAGGCAGUCCACCCAAUGGAGGCGGCUUGCACCGCAUCAGCCAUUGCAGUCCACAUAGCAGAUAGAAAUUGAGUAUGUGCACGGACAAAUGUGAAGUGUUAAUGUGUGACCGACCUUGGAGGCCCAUUGGGCUUGGGAUAUACCAAGUGCAGUGCAAUAUUACGAAGGAACAUCACAUGUGCCUAAGAACUUUCAAUGACUAAAGCGCACAGUUUUCAUAAACGUGUUUUUACACUGAUAAACGUAAGUUGGAGUAGUUUUUGUAAAUUGUUCUCAUGUUUGUUAUGCUAGUUCCAUUGCCAAAAAGAGUGAAAAUAAAUUUUUUGGUCGCGUGUAUUCGAAAUUAUGGAUCAGAAGUGCAAGAGAAGGUUGAAUGAAGCUGAUGUUUUGUUGUCUAGUAUGUAUAAUGUCAUGUCAUUUUUUGAAAGUGUCUUGAGGACCUAAAUAUAAUUAUGUGCAUUACAUUUUUAAUCAUAUUAUUAAUUUACUUAUUUCUAGUUAUUGUUGAUUGAAUAUAAUUUUUAACAAACCUGCAAUAUUUAUAAGCAAAAGUUUGGAAUACUUAACUAUAAUUUAAAUUCAGAUCAAAAAUAUAAGGACCUUCGCGAAUUCGCUAUUAACCGGCUAAAAUAAGUAAUACAAUUUUCUAUGAUAACACCCAUUACACAAAUAAAUAACACACUGACAGGGUUUUUAUAUUUCUGAACAAAAUUUUGUAUUCACUAUUUGAAACAACCACACCAUAUGUUAACUUUUAAAUUUCUCACAACCAAAGCUAAGACUAAGCACUUUUGGGAUAAACAUGUCAUAAUUAAGUAUUGUAAAUAUCGUAUCUGUAUUUUAAAUUAAGAUCGAGUAGCUGGAAAACUUAGAAUUUUUAUAUUUAUUCAAAUAAAGUACAAAAUUGCACUUAAA